AUGAGCGGGUCAAGUGUGGAGGGAAACGAACUGUUCAGCGGCGACGAUGAGGAGGUGAAGGAGGGUGAAAGAUCCCCCCAGGAUGGGGGGCAAACUGCGGCGGGCGUCGAUAACGCUGCUGAUAAUCAGGUUAACAAACCCUCCAAAGGGGCAGCACGCAGAAAGCGAAAAAAAGAUAAGAAGCACAGGCCUCACUAUCUGGAUGAUGAAGCGGAUGAGGAGGACGACAUUUAUGACGAUGAUGAUGAUAGUGAUGACAGUGACGAUUAUGAUGAUGACGAGGAGGACUACAGAGAAAGAAAGGGCAGCAGAACAAGAGGGUUGAGUGGGCUGAAAAAAAGAAAGCUGUCCAAGAAGAGGUACCUGUCGACCUUCCUGGAUACGGAGGCGCAGGUAGGCGACGAUGAGGAGGAAGAAUACGCCAGCUCCUACGUAGAUGAAUUCGAAGAAGUAAAAAAGAUGGAAAGGAAAAAAAUGUACGAAAUGAAGCUGAAAAGUGGAACGAACCAUUUAGCUCAGACCAUUAACAAGCUAUCUCAACGGUAUGAACAUGAGAAGGAAAUGAAAGAUGGCCUCACAGAUGGGGAGACGCUAACAGAUGAGGACAUGUCAGAAGAUGAAGACUACUUCGACGAAGGGGAAUGUUUGACCUCUUUUGAUAGUCCCAAAAUGUGGCUAAUAAAAUUAUUCAAAAAUGGAGUAGAGAGAAAUGUAGCCAUGGGAAUUUACUACAAGUACAUGAAGUUAAAAGACAACGAUUUUAACAUUAAGGGGGUCUACGUUUCGGGAAAUUUGAAAGGAUACAUAUAUGUAGAGGCGGAAAGUCUAUACAUGUUAAAAAGGUUCCUCUUAGGGUUCAAGUUUAUUAACCUAAAUGAGAUAUCCAUUGUACCAGUGCAAGAGUUGACGUCCAUUUUUUCCAUGUGUCAUUCCAAAGUGAUCAUCCCAAAGGUGAAUGAAUAUGUUCGUAUUAAGAGAGGAAUUUACAUGAACGAUAUAGGGCAAAUAUUUGAGGUACACGAAAAGGGCAUUUAUGCUAUCGUGAGGUUAAUACCAAGAAUUGAAUAUGAUAAAUACAACGAUUAUAAGAAGGGUAGUAACUCCAACGCAAGUUUGGCUAAUCCCUCCACGGGUAAAGGACCCUCAUCCACGUCGGAUCAAAAAAAUGCGAAGAAUCAGUCCUCCAACAUGGGGGAUAGUAAAUCAAACUUGAACAAGCAUGGCAGCAGCAAGGCCAUCAUCCCAGCAGGGUCAGUAAUAGGGGGGGAUACCAAAAGUACACCAACUGUGCCAACAGUGCCAAAUGUGUCAAAUGCACCAACCGUACCAACCGUGCCAAAUGCACCAAACGCUACAACAGUACCAAAUGCUACGACAGUACCAAAUGGAGAGCUGCAAAUGCUAGAUGAAGCGCUACAAAUUAGGAGGAAGAAAAAAAAAGAAAGGCCAUUAAAAAAGCUGUUCGAUCGAGAGGAAGUCGAACAAACAGGAGGAGUCAUUGAACAUGGACCUUACCCAGGAACGAUAAAAUAUCAAAAUAAUAUUUUUGAAGAAAAUGGCUACCUACUAAAAAAAAUGAACAUAAAAUAUCUCCUAUCGGAAAAUGCAAACAUAACCCUAACGGAAAUUCGAGACUUCAACAGAAAUAACACAAACGAGGAGGAAAUCAACCUCCACGUCACCAAAGCUUUUAUUAAUAAGAAUUCUCUACACCUGUUUAAGAAGGGGGAAAGGGUGAAAAUUAUGAAGGGAGAAUUGUACAACCUGAUUGGGACUAUAACAAAUGUGAGUGAUAAUGUGCUAACCAUAAAUCCGGAUAACUUAGCAAAAAAUUUUAAAUUCCUCCCAACUGAUGUGACGAAAUAUUUCCUCGAGGGGGAUAACGUAACCGUAAUCAAUGGAAUUCAUAAAGGGAAGAGUGGACUCAUUUCUUUGCUCGAUUAUAGAGAAAACGUUGCGCUUAUUUUUUCUCCCUCGUUGAAUACCGAAUUUCGUUCUUCCAUUCAAGAUCUCACCUCCUGUGAGCAUAUAAGCAAUGAAGGACUCGGUGGAAUCAACUCCCUUAACGGAUUCUCCAUCGGUGAUUUAAUAGAACUGAGUGACAGACAAAUUGGUAUACUAACCUACAUCGAUAAGAACAAACACAUUCGAGUGUUAACAAGCCAUAACACAAUUUUGCACACCACAAUUGGUACCAUCACCUCUAAGCGGUCUGCCAUUGGCCAAGUGUGCAAAGACGAAAAUGGAAAUAUUAUCCAAUCGAAGGAUGUCAUACAAAUCGUCAGAGGGAUACACAAAAAUAAAGUUGCCGUGGUGAACUACAUCUGGAAGAAUAAAGUGUUCGCUAAGAUCAACAAGAAAGUGGAGGACAACGGGUUUGUCGUCCUGGACAGUGAUAACUGCAUACUCAGUGGAAACCCAAAUGAAAAGAAAAGAAUUGUUACACACAAUAAUCUCUUCCGAACGAACAGCAGUAUGCUCCCCAGAAGGAAUAAUACCUACCAAUCCUUCAUUGGAAAAACAGUGAAAAUAUUAAGUGGGGUUUAUAAGGGCCUCCUCGGAGACGUCAUAGAUGCUGAGCGGGACGAGUUUACUCUCCUCUUGAAGAUUAAGCCCAAGACCAUAAGGCAGAAAAAAACCGAAUGCGCCAUUGCGGAUUCGUUCAAGGACCAUUACACCAUCACGGAGGAUAGAUAUUCCAACGGGCUGGACACCUCCCCAAGGUGGAGAAACACCAGUGACAGAAGCCCUAGGUAUGACCGGAUCGGGUAUGAGUCCUCCCUCCACAGCGAAAGCGGCAGGAAGAGCACCGACUGGCACAGAAACGAGUUCGGCGGCAACUACGAGGAGGAACGCUGGAGGGGAAGUCACCACCCAGAUGCAAGCGCCCCAAAUGGCGUAAACGCUUCUUCCCAUUCUGCCCCGUGGAACCAAUCGAACGGGUGGAAAGGAACGAAUAGCAGCCACCAGCAUCCGCCCCCUCCACUGCCGCACGAGCAGAAAACCUUCGAAGGAAACUGGGGCAGAACGUCACACGAAAAUCACCCAAACGGGAACACCAGUUAUAAUUACCAUCACAAUGGGCGAGCAAGUGAUCCGACUAAUUUUAACGAACCACAUAGCAGGGGGGGAGGAUUUAAUGAGGAUUACAAAAAAGGUACCACCAGAAAGAACAACACGGCGGAAGAAUUGAUCAAUGGACAGUACGAGACAGGACCCGGUUCCCACAAUUUGAAUACAAACCAAAGGUAUGACGAUAGCAUGAGAAGAGGCGGUAAAAACAGCACCUCCUCCAAGGGGCUAGGAAAAUGGGAUGAUCCCCAAGGCACUGGUGGCAUUAAUGGUGGGGUGAACAACUCUGGCUUUACCAAUGCAUCUAAUUUCUUGGACACACACCGACACAAAAACAAUGAAGAAAAGGAGUCUCCACUUUGGUUAGUCGAAGGAAUUAUGAUAAAGGUUAUAACCCCGGGACCCUUUUACAACGAAAUUGGGAGAGUCACAGAGGUGAUGAAGAAGAGCUUGUAUACCAUACUAAAAAUAGCAACCGAGAAAACGUCCUUUAGCAUCGUGUCUGAUGCUGUGAUUCCUUUGAAGCCAAACAGAAUAAACGACCAAGUGCUCGUCGUGGAUGAGGGUAAGGUCGUCGAAGGCACCGUUCUGAACAUACAGAAUGAGGACAUCCAGGUGAAUACCACGCAGGGCAUAUCUACUUACAACGUGAGGAAUGUUUUUUUGUUUAAAAGGCAGUUCCCGUGA